AUGAGACUUGCUUAUUUGCCUCUCCUACUAGCUCUCCAGCUUGGGGGCGCUGUUGCCGCCAUCGCGGACAAGCCGCAUGCUGCUCUACGAGGGCUUCAGAAGUUCCCUGUCAUCAUGAUGGGCGAGCUCACUCCUGGAGUCUCGGUAUUUCCAUUGAAUGUUACCAGCAACCAUAUCUACAGUUGGACCUUGGAACAAGAUUUCGAGAGUGUUCCGGCAGUUAUUGAAUGCACCACAACGACAACUACUGCUAAUGGUGGUGAUGUCGACCUGAAAGUUCACGUUGGGGAACGUGACACUGGACGACAAUGCAACGACGUCUCGGAAGAUGCCACAGAAGGUUGUCACUUGGGAAUCUACGAUGUCACUUCCAACACCACGGUGGGAGUGGAGUUGUUGUCCUACUCGGAUAUUGAAGGGCUUGUUCUGGUGUGCAACAGUAUAGCUCACAAAGAGUUGGAAAUCAAUGUCCCAACUGGCGCGUUUACCUUGGCUACCGGCGACAGCAGAUCCUUCCUCGUUGACAUGGCAGGAUUUCAAGGGGACUCGGUAGUUUGUACAGUGACAGGGGAGGGGAACACUGACUUGAAGGUGGAGACUAUCAAUAACCAGGGAGGUGUGGGCGUGACUUGUAAUGGAAACAAUCCGGGAUCUGCAGAGGAGGAGUGCGUGGUGGAUGUGUCAGAAGCCACUGCCUUGUUGGCUGUUUCGGUCCGGGCGGUGCAAGAUAGCGCGGACAUUACCGUCAUGUGCGCUGAAAGGAGAAUUGAGAUUCUUGAAAGGAACGUCCCAUCUGAGCCUUUUAUCACCGCUGAUGGGCCACAUGCUUUCGCGUUGGUUUUGGAACCUCGUUCCAUUGCCUUUUGCGAGUUGUCUCCAGUUGUGGAAGGGGAAGAUAUCGACUCUAAUUUCCUCAAACUCUUCUUGCGCCUGGAAUCGCUUCCUCACUUGGGCCGUAGCAUCUAUGAUUGCGACUCGGGCACCAUGGGACUUUUGAUGGGGGAACUGCCCCGCUGUUUCGUCUACAGCUCCAUGUAUGAAUCGACCAUGCUCUACGCCACUGUCGAUCAGUUUUUUGGGACCGCAGACAACAUUACCUUGACGUGUCAUGUGGAAACUCAGGCUGCUACCAUUGAGCUACUCGAUGGAGAAUUGUCGUAUCCGGCCGUCAACUUGACAUCAGCGUUGCACCCCUCCGCCCUUACACACACUGGAAACUACCUAACAGACCCGGCAGAAAAGGACGACGUCUUUGCGUUCAUCCAUGCGACUCAAACUUAUUCUCUCGAGGUUCCUGGAAAUGCAUCGGUAGCUUGCGAGGCCACGGCUGAAGAGGUCCAUUCCUUGUACUAUUGGACGGGGGAAGAUCAGAAUCCUAGCCUUCAGGGAGCCCGCAUCAACCAUGAAGAUGCCUACUCAACAUGCCUGUUCGAUCGGGAAUCCAUGACAUCAAAGUGUCGCUUUGACAUGACGGGCAGUGCCACCACAGCCUGGCUCUUCGCAGCAUCGUCGGCAGAGGGACCAGCGGCGAACGUCGAGGUCACAUGUCGCAUUGGAACCGCGAACAGGGAAGCCAUUCCUCUGGUCGAUGGAGUGGCUUCAGAUGCUUUCUCCCUGAUCCCACGUGAAAGUCAGACAUUCUACAUUCACACACCGAAAGGUGGUGUCGUGGAGUGUCAAGGAUCUGCACCCACAAACUCGACUGUUUUGUACAUGACGGUAGGGGAAGUGCCUUCCGGUACCGUGAAUGCCCUCUCUCCGCAAGAAGAAGCAUACAAUUGCAGCACAUCCCUUACAAACACUCCAUGCACUGUCGAAGCACUCGUUAGUCCUUAUGAUACCGACGGGAACACGACCACCAGAAUGUUCGUGGCUGUGGUUUCGCUCGAUGAAGCUGUGGACGACAUCAACGUAAAAUGUUCACUGUUGGCAGAGCACAACAACAGCAUGAUCACAGCAGAGAAUUUGGAGCUUACGUUAGGUUUCGGGUCUGACCCAUUUGAUCUUAGUCAGUGGGAAGUGCAAACUUUCCAUGUGCAAGUCCCAGCCGGAUCCGUGACCGCUUGCAGUGCUGACGCCGACAAUGGAGACAUUGAUCUGUUUGUGAAUCUCGGCGAAAGAGCCAUGAUUGGGGUCAACGAGACAACCGCCGACUGCCAAAGUGCAGGAGCUUGGUCUGAAGAAUCGUGCACAGUGGCUUCGGACGAGGCUUCCGUUCUGUUUGUAUCUGUGUUGGGCUCGGAGAGGACUGAUGCAGUGACUGUUCUCUGCAAUCUUGAGGAGGGGGAAAGUUCAGCUGUGUCACGAGGAGGCAAUCCUGAUAGAGACUGGUAG